UCGUGUGCGGCAGCGGUGUCUGCAGCGCGGCAGCGAGAGGGUUUGGCGCGAUGUCUCACACCAUUUUGCUGGUACAGCCUACCAAGAGGCCAGAAGGCAGAACUUAUGCUGACUAUGAAUCUGUGAAUGAAUGCAUGGAAGGCGUUUGUAAAAUGUAUGAAGAACAUCUGAAGAGAAUGAAUCCCAACAGCCCCUCUAUCACAUAGGACAUCAGUCAGUUGUUUGAUUUUAUUGACGAUCUGGCAGACCUCAGCUGCCUUGUUUACCGAGCUGAUACCCAGACAUACCAGCCCUAUAACAAAGACUGGAUUAAAGAGAAGAUCUACGUGCUCCUCCGUCCGCAGGCCCAACAGGCCGGGAAAUAGUUGAGCUGGAAGCAGUAGGGGGAUGGGGGUGGGCUUGGAACACAGGUGUGUACAGCGUGCUGCAGUAGGAGUUUUGUAUUAUAGUAAUCCUGUUUCCAUUGUGGUAUACUCUAGCCAGGAUUGAAUGUAUUAGAUGAAAUGCGAGGAUCUUGUUCAAUCUGAAACCCCCAUUGCUUCCCUUCCCCCCCUUUUUUUUUACUUAAACAUUUUUAUGGUAAUUUAGAUGGAAGUUGUCGGUUGAUGUUGGUUCCAGUCCUUCAAACUGUUCAUACCUGCUUUAUAACAUUCACUGUACUAACCUUUCUUCAGGUUGGGGUGGGGGGGUAGU